AUGGAUGUUUCACCUGAUUUCCACAGACGCAACUGGCAUUUGGAGGCAUCAGCACCAGAUCAGGAGCUCAAGCCCCUUCUUUUGUCACCGAAGCCUCCCAUCGAAGUGUCACAGGCUUCCUCCUACAAAAGCCACGCACGAGACCGCCUCUCAUAUGGGGAUGGAAGCCUGCUCGAGGACACCGGCCAGUUCUCCACGUCAUCUUCCUCCGGUUCUGGCGAACACCCCUCAGGCAUGGUGUUGUCCUCCCCCGAGGGAACUUUCCCCAACCAAUUUACAACAUGGGAGGAUCCCACCUGUCCACCAGGGUGCUCGUUUGAGGUCGGCCCUCCACACCCGGGGCUUCCCGUCCACGUUUCCUCCACGAAGUUGCCCGCCAUGACGGGGUGUCAGCUGCCACCACUUCAACAAUCUCCUUCUGCCCUAAGUGGCUGGCCACCCUGCCUGCCGUGUGCGCAGGCAGCACUACAUCAUCGUCAAACACUGCAGCCACUUCAGUCAGAACCUGGUCUCAGAAAUUAUCACGUAGAAAGGCCACUAAUGCGGGAAGGAACCGAAGGCAUUGGUGGAGCUCCAAGUCGUCGAAAGAACGUUACACGUGAGAGUACCUCCAUCUUGAAAGCCUGGCUUCAAGGCCACAUUCAAAAUCCCUACCCGACCAAAGGUGAAAAAAUUAUGCUGGCUAUUAUCACGAAGAUGACUUUGACGCAGGUCUCCACGUGGUUCGCUAACGCACGACGACGCCUCAAAAAGGAAAACAGAAUGACUUGGAUGCCAUGCACUCGCCCUGAAAACAUCAAACAAACUUCGACCCCGCCGACGCUGGAAGACACCCAGGCUAGGGAGGAGGGUGAAUCUGAGAAAUCCAAGUUGAACAUCAAUCAAGGAGUCCAUAGAAGAGGUCGAGAAGGUGCCACGUUCGAAUCUCAGACGUCGCCUCAGUCAUCAUGGGACAGUUUGAACUCACUUUGGCAGCGACCUCGACAUGAUGAUACGCCCGACGGAGGCCAAAUCCGCCAGCCCAGUGAAUCUCAGCAGCACUGCCGACCUCAGCACCAUCCACCCCAUCCCCAGUUUCCUGCUUGGUCGUGGCCCAGCGUCCCGCUGCCCCAACUCCUGUCCCACCACCCGGAAGAGAGCCCUUACCCCCCACCAUACCACACGUCAGCAGAAGGAAGCCAGACGUACAGUGGUGGUGGUUACGAAGGCGGUGUCCAAAGUGCCACAAGGUCGCCUUCUGCGAGGAGUCAACUUUAUCACCUGCCAGCACUACGGACUCCGGGGGAAGAGUUUGUCGUAAAAGAAGACCCUGGUGAAAGAAACCACUCUUUGACUGACAUCCAUUCACCAAAUUUGCUAGAAGGCCACAAUGAUCAAGGAAACCAGGACAUGAAAUCAAAUUGCAUUUUGUAG